CACAGCCAACCAAUCAGCUGCUUUACUUCCUGCUCUCACCUACACGCGACGAAUGUGGUUAACUUGAUAUCCGAGAUGGAGGUGAACCGCUUGGACUUUUACAUCGGUCUCUCUCUGGCUGUGAGCUCCAGUGUUUUUAUCGGAGCAAGUUUCAUCCUGAAAAAGAAAGGCCUGCUGCGAUUGGCCAGCAGAGGCUCGAUGCGAGCAGGUCAAGGGGGGCAUGCUUAUCUCAAAGAGUGGCUAUGGUGGGCUGGACUUAUUUCAAUGGGAGCUGGAGAGGCUGCUAACUUUGCUGCAUAUAUAUUUGCACCAGCAACACUGGUGACCCCCCUUGGAGCACUGAGUGUGCUUGUCAGUGCUGUACUCUCCUCUUACUUUCUGAGCGAGCGGCUGAACGUUCAUGGGAAGAUUGGUUGCUUGCUGUGUGUCUUGGGCUCCACAGUCAUGGUGAUCCAUGCACCGCAGGAAGAAGAGGUUGCUUCACUCAGUGCGAUGGCUGAGAAACUUAAGGACCCAGGGUUCAUUGUGUUUGCUGUGUGCGUUGUGGGAAGCAGCUUGGUUCUUAUUUUUGCUGUGGCUCCACGCUUCGGACAGAAGAAUGUGCUGGUCUACAUCCUGAUCUGCUCUGUGAUUGGCUCCCUCUCUGUGUCUUGUGUGAAGGGCCUGGGGAUUGGCAUUAAACAGCUGUUUGCUGGGACUGCAGUGCUGAAGGAACCCCUGUUCUGGUCAUUACUCAUCUGCCUGGUAAUCUGUGUCAGCAUUCAAAUCAAUUACCUGAACAAAGCUCUUGACAUUUUUAACACCUCCAUUGUCACUCCAAUUUACUACGUCUUUUUCACCACAUCUGUCAUGGCCUGCUCUGCCAUCCUCUUCAAAGAGUGGUUAAGGAUGACCGCUGAUGGCAUAAUGGGAACAAUAAGUGGGUUUCUCACCAUCAUUUUGGGAAUUUUCCUCCUCCAUGCCUUCAAAGACACCAUAUUUAGUUGGGAUUCUCUCCCUCUCUUUUUAAAGAAGGGUCCUCAGGGAUUCCCAUGGGGCCAACAGCCUUAUGUGGCUCUUCCCAGCCAUGAUUCACUAGCAGAGGAUGAGGUGAAGCAGCCAAGAGAAGGAGGCUCAAACGGUGGAUGGGGAACACACCAAAGAGCCCCAUGAAGAGGACCAAACGUCUUAUCAGGAAAGAAAAUAUUACAAAGCUUUAAUGCACAUCACAACUUUAAAAUGUGACUUGUGUUCUUAAACAUGUUUUCAGGUGUGUUUUACCAAAUUCAGAAUACUCUGGAUGAGCAAGUUGUCUAAAGUUUAUCUUAUGUUGCAGCCACUGUGGAUUUUAUUUAAAGCGAAUGUCGUCAGUUUGACUUGAUGGUGCAGCCACAUUUUCUUUCACUUAAAGGAAAAUACAGAAUUAGGAUAUAAUUAGUGAAUGUGAAUGUCUGUUGCACUGUUGAGUAAAUAUUUUUUACAGUAUCUUACGUUUAAACAAUACAUAGCCAGAUGUUGCCUUUGUUACUGAAACGUAUUCAUAGUUAAGCACUUUUAAUCUUGAUCAUACAUAUAAAUAUGAUUAAUUUCCAACCAGUGUUAAGGCAGUUACUAUAAUUCCUGUGAUGAGCUACUGUAAAGGUUUAGUAUUAUAUAAACAAACUGCACCAAAGAAUACUAUUUUUAUGUACAGCUUAAUUUCCAACAUGUGCCAAGUAUUAACAAAUCUAAUGCAACUGUAUUUUUGUGUGUUUGAUAAUGCUGAUUAAAACAUAACUACAAAUUCA